UGGUCCCCUACUUCAGGCACCCACAACCUGAGCUCACUCUUGUGUUGUCUCUUCGCGGAACGGCACUGAUCACCGGUCGCGUAUACAUAUAAAUUGUCUACAAGCUUAACCGUGCAGUUUUUUAUUGUGUUCUAUUAAUGUUGAUCUGGUUAUAAACUCAUAAUGGCGUGCCGAUCGUGCGUGAUAAUAUUAUGUUUUUUAAAUGUGAUCUUAGAAGUGACUGAUGUGUUUACUCUGUCGGCGCCGGUCCCUCGUGCCUGUAUCAUUGGUGCGGGCUAUUCAGGGUUGGGAACUGCGCGGUAUAUGAAAGAAUAUGGCCUGAACUUCACAGUUUUCGAAGCCUCUAGGUAUAUUGGGGGCACGUGGAGAUUCGACCCCCAUGUCGGAGUUGACGAAGAUGGAUUACCUCUCUUUACGAGCAUGUACAAAAACUUGAGAACAAAUACUCCACGCCAGACGAUGGAGUACUCCGGCUUCCCGUUCCCUGAGGAGACUCCGUCGUACCCAACGGGACCCUGUUUCUAUAAGUACCUGCAGCGCUUUGCGAAACAUUUUGGAUUGUUGGAUAAUAUACAAUUGCGGAGUCUGGUGACACUCGUAAGAUGGGCCAAUGACCAUUGGGAGGUGACAUACACAAAGACAGACACCAAGGAGAAAGUGACGGAGGUAUGCAACUUCGUGGUGGUCUCCAGCGGAGAGUUCAGCAGCCCCGUCAUACCAGAUGUCGAGAGGAUGAACAUGUACAAAGGUAAAAUAAUGCACAGUCACGACUACAAAGACGCUGAAGACUUCCGAGGUCGUAGAGUGCUUCUAGUCGGCGCAGGUGCUUCAGGGCUGGACCUUGCGAUGCAACUAUCUAACGUGACAGAGAAGUUGUUCCACUCACACCAUCUUAACUACAACCAGCCAGAUUUCUCUCCAAGCUACGUGAAGAAGCCAGAUAUAGAUUCCUUCACUCUGACCGGCGCUCUCUUCGUUGAUGGUUCCACUGAAGAUUUCGAUCAAGUCAUAUUCUGUACAGGAUACAACUACGCCCAUCCAUUCCUCGACCAGAGCUCGGGGGUGACAGCGUCACAAAAGUUCGUGCUGCCGCUGUACCGUCAGACAGUGAACAUUAAACGACCAAGUAUGGCCUUCGUCGGAGUUUCCAAGAAGGUCAUCAAUAGGGUCAUGGAUGCUCAGGGUCAGUAUGUAGCAGCUCUGGCAGCUGGUAAGUUCGAGCUGCCCCCCCAGGAAGACAUGCUGAAGAGUUGGCUGGACCACGUGUAUGAACAGCAGAACAUGGGCAAGCGGAUCGUGGACGUCAAUGUCAUUAGUGACAUGGACGAAUAUUUUGGAAACCUGACCGCUGAAGCAGACGUGAUACCUUCACCGCCAGUGUUGACAAAAAUCGCUAAAUUUAAUGGAAAGAAUCGAUUAGAUGAUUUGCUGAACUAUCGUGAUUAUGACUAUAAGGUCAUUGACUCACAGAACUACGAAAGGAGGUACGUGCCUAGGAAGGAACUGCCUUGUCCCAUCGAAGUAUAAAUAAUGAACAAUUUAAAAAUAAUAAAUGUGAAAUUAUAUUUAAUUUUCGAAUGAUAUUAGUGCAAGUCUUCAAGACCUUAUUACAUUUCCAUAAGGUCGAUUUUGAAAUGAGAUUAUUAAAACCUAAAGAAUGUUUGUUGUGACCUGAAUAUUUUAUAUCGACGAAUAAAAAAAGAUCUUGCCUAUAUUGAUUUUAGGUAGAUAUUUCAUACUUUUAUUAUUAAUACAGUAUUUUUU